GUCCGCGCAGCGCCAGGGCUCGCGCUGCCGCUACCGCCGCCGCCGCCGCCGCCGCCGCCGCUCGCCAGGCUCCCAGGACCCGGGCCACCGCCAUGCUCUUCCGCUUUGGCGUGGUGGUGCCGCCCGCUGUGGCCGGCGCUCGGCAGGAGCUGCUGCUCGCGGGAUCGCGGCCCGAGCUGGGGCGCUGGGAGCCGCGCGGCGCCGUGCGUCUCCGGCCGGCGGGUACGGCGGCGGGCGCGACCGCGCUGGUGCUGCAGGAGCCCGGCCUGUGGCUCGCCGAGGUAGAGCUGGAGACGUACGAGGAGGAAGCCGGCGGGGCGGAGCCGGGCCGCGUUGACACGUUCUGGUACAAGUUCCUGCAGCGCGAGCCUGGAGGCGAGCUGCACUGGGAAGGGAAUGGACCUCACCAUGACCGUUGCUGCACAUAUAAUGAGAACAACUUGGUGGAUGGUGUUUAUUGUCUCCCAGUAGGACACUGGAUUGAGGCCACUGGGCACACCAAUGAAAUGAAGCACACAACAGACUUCUAUUUUAAUAUUGCUGGCCACCAGGCCAUGCAUUAUUCAAGAAUUCUACCAAAUAUCUGGCUGGGCAGCUGCCCUCGACAACUGGAACAUGUGACCAUCAAACUGAAGCAUGAACUGGGGAUUACAGCUGUCAUGAAUUUCCAGACUGAAUGGGAUAUUAUCCAGAAUUCUUCAGGGUGCAACCGCUACCCAGAGCCCAUGACUCCAGACACCAUGAUGAAGCUGUAUAAGGAGGAAGGCUUGGCCUACAUCUGGAUGCCUACUCCAGACAUGAGCACUGAGGGUCGAGUACAGAUGCUGCCACAGGCUGUGUGUCUCCUGCACGCGCUUCUGGAGAACGGACACACGGUGUACGUCCACUGCAAUGCUGGCGUUGGCCGCUCCACAGCUGCAGUGUGCGGCUGGCUCCACUACGUGAUUGGCUGGAGUCUUCGCAAAGUGCAGUACUUCAUCAUGGCUAAGAGGCCUGCGGUCUACAUUGAUGAAGAGGCUUUGGCUCAAGCACAACAAGACUUUUUUCAGAAGUUCGGGAAGGUUCACUCCUCCAUCUGCACUUUGUAGGUGACCAGCCCGCCACCCCUUCUUAGCAAGCAGCCUUAUUAAGGCUGGGUGUGUGAUUAGUGGAAGACCUGGAGACAAAGGGGACUGUGUCCUGUGUCCUCUGGAGAUACCUUCUAUUGUGGCUUGGUUGGGCUUAUGUUUGAAAUAUUUUACAAAGGAAACUGCAUGCCAUGUGAGAAAGCUUCAGCGUACACUGGCAGUGCAGUGUGUGCCUGUAGUUGCUGCUGCCACUGGCUGGGGGCUUUGCUUACAGGCUCUGCGUAGGUUGUUAUGGAUUUGUGACUCAUUGGCAUGCAGAAGACAAGAGAGUGUGGUUAAGUGGAUUUAUUUUAUCAUUACUGUGAGUGUCCACACACACACACACACACACACACACACACACAUACACACAUACACACACAUACAUACACACACACACACACGCACGCAUGCACACUGUAUGUGCAUACAUGAAACACAAACAGCUUUUUACUGAUAUGAAUUAUACUCAUUUGCAGGUGGAAGGGAUAAAUAUGUAAACCCAUCUAGGACUCAGAAAGAGCUCCGCAUGGCCAUAGAGCAAUGGCUUUCUGGAAUUUCCUUCACCUGGCUUCAGAGUUGCUGACAUCUUUACCCUACCUUCCUAAUUUUCCUAUCCUCCCAAUAGGACAGCAGAAACAGAGUUUGCCCUCUGUUUUGUUUUUUUUUUUUCCUUGUCUUUUUCUUGCUUUUCUUCUCUUGAAGCAGAGUUUGUACUACUUGUUUAGUAUAACACACAAAGCUCAGCCUUGAACUCAUGGUAAUCCUCCUGCCUUGGUCUCCUGAGAACUGGGAUUAAAGGAGCCUGGCUCCACCCUCAACACCACCAGUUUUCAAUUGAGGUUUGUUGAGUGUAGCUGGCCUUCCCAAUCUCUUGGUGGGUAGGAAGGAGAUGAAGUUUGUAAUCCAGUUUAUUCGGCUCAGAGCUGCUUUCGGUGCCAUUGGCUUUUAGCAGAGUGUCAUGGCUGCAGCAUUGUCUCUCUUGGGGUAAACUUCCUACCUCUGCAGUUGUUUCUAUGGUGGGAAAUGAAAUAAUGUUCUGUUCCAUUCCCAAGAAUGUGGGAAAACAGUUUUAUUUUGUUCAACCUACUGUAAGCUGUGGUGUAUGUUCUCAAGGCUAAUUUAUCUGUUCAAGAGAGGAAGAGCCUGAGGAGGCCAUGGCCACAGAUUAUUGUACAGCUAGGGGCUAAUCCUGGCUCGGUACUCAAUCCAGUAUAACACAUGAUUGUUGCUCCUCCCAUAUAUGUGCUCAAUUCCACUAGAGUCUAUCAGAAGCACAAACAUCAGCAAAACUUUGCCUCCCAAGAUAUAAUAUCUAGAAACAGACCUGUGUUCCACCCUCUGGAAGAUAGUGCCCAACUACAACGGACAUGUUAAGGUCACAGAGGAGACUUGUCUUUAGUUGAAUGCCACUGUGUGCCAGUUGCAAUCUCUAAUGCCAUCACUUUCCUCUCUGGGAAGUUCAGAUGGGGAAACUGAGGCCCAGAGAAUUUAAAUCCCAUGUCCAUUUCUGUUGUCAUGGAUGGAGUCCGUGAAAA